UUCGUUAUGUCCCUUUAGCAAGUGGACGGCAAAAACGGCAUGUGAACAUUUUUGUUUGUUUUAUUUUCCACGGAUUUUCGAUCUAAAGGGAACCGACAUAUUGUGGAGACAUGUCUUUGAUGUUGUCGCGCUGCCUUUGUGGGGUUUUAUCCCGACAGGCUGCCUCGUCACGUUUGCUGUUUGAAGAACAUAAGCAUGCUGCACAGAGUCUGUGGUUUUCACCUGUGGUCACCCUGAAAACAUCCGCUCCAAUGAGAGCGGAGCCUUUAAAGAAGAAGAAAGUGGAUCCAAGGAGAGAGAUUAUGGUGAAAGAGCGAAUGAAGAAAAGGCUAAGGAAGCUGGAGAAGGUUCCACCUGAGUUAAUCCCCAUUGAGGACUUCGUCCCUCCCAUCCAACGUUUGAUUGAAAAAAAAGAGCGCGGUGCAACAGAAAUCUCAUUUGAAGAGAGUGAAAGACGAGCCCUCCUGCUCAAAGAGUGGGGUCGWUACAAACAGGAGCAGCACAGGGCUGAGAUGGAUGCCAUUAAACAUGCUUUGGAGGCACAGAGGCAGGCGCUGGAGGAGCUCAAGUUGGAGUCCGAAGAGCUGUACCAGGAAGCASUGAAGCCAGAUCCACUUCUGUUUCCGUUCACACAUGAAGGUCCUGUCUACACACCGCCCAUCCCAAAUUAUUAUCCUCCUGAUGGAAAAUAYAAUGACAUUACCAAAGUGUAUACUCAGUGAAAGGUGGGGAACAGCUGUGGGUGAAACCUGUAUUUUGUUUUCUUAUUAAUUUAGUGAACCAAGAUGAUGCCUGCCUGCAAAUAUAAGAAUAAAUUUCUUCUGUUAUUAA